CGAGGGAGACCAGGCCGGAGAAAAAGACGGGAGGGGGUUAGUGCCCAGGGCCUGGGCCCUUUACUGAGGUCGGUGGAGCAGGUCCCUCAGCAGCCCGAGGACAGCUCUCUCCACCACCCCAGCCCCCCGCCCCCUGCCCGCCGCUCAUCCCGGGGCUGGCUUCCAGACCAAGGGCACGAGGGGUCGGGGCCUCCCCAGAAGCCGCGUUUGGCCUGAUGGAGAAGAUAGGGACUCAGAGCUUCCGCACAGCAUCACAGUGGAGUGGGCUGGGUCCCCGGCUCCAGAUCAGAGCAGCCGUCCCUGCUCUGGCCAUCGGGCCCCUCCCAGGCCCGCAAUACUCUCUCCCGGGCGGCAGGCUGGGCCCAGAGCCCGAGGUCCCCCUAUUUUAGCCCAGGUGGUGAGCUUCCCUAGACUGCUGUCCGCAUUCCUGAGCAGAAACACCUGUGUGCUACUGGCCUAGGGAUAGGGCCCAGCCUGGAGUGGGUGGCCCCACAGAUUCCCAUAGAUUCUGUUUCCACUGGGGACCCCGAAACCUGCCUAGCUCCUCCUCAUCCUCUCAGAUCGGAGACUUUUGGGGUCCCUUCCCACCUGUCUUGUAGCAUUCUCUUUGCAUUCUUGGAAACUAGAAACCUGGCCUCGGGUGUCAUAGUCUAUAAGAGGACCCCCUGCCCCCGACCUCUGUCUACACCCAAACCUCACAUUUGACCACUGACUCAGUCGCCUUUCCCCAGAAAAACCGAAGGUGUAUCAAGGUGUCCGGGUGAAGAUAACGGUGAAGGAGUUGCUGCAGCAGAGAAGGGCGCACCAGGCAGCCUCCGGGGGAACCCUUCUUCCCAGCUCAGCACAGGAAGCCACAACACACAGCUGGGGCAUGUCGUGGGGCUCAGGAUUUCAGGGGAGCCCAUCCCUCACUGACCACAGUUGAAUACAAAGGGCUUGUUGACCUGGUGCAGGGACAGUAGCAGCCAGCAGGUAAGUAGGUGGUUAUUCGGGUAGGAAGACAGUUGUAUGUGCCCUCACACAUGGAGAGAAAAUCUCUCCCAGAAACUCAUUUCAUUUAGGGAGCCCUUCAAGGAGAGAAUCUCUGUGGACAUGCCCCCUGCUUCCCAGUCUUACGAAACCCAGCUUCUAAGGUCAUUUAUCUGUAAAUCACCAGGCACAGAAAGUUCCCAGCACAAACGGGCCAUGUAUCUGCAGAAGAGACAGCUUGGGGUAUAGAACCUCCUCCUUAAUAUGUAGUAAAUCCUUAAGCAGUUCCAGGUUAUCAUGAGGUGAUAUGAGGCAGGCGUAAGGGUACCCAGCCACUUUAUAUAAUUUCCAAAGCAGAUAGUAUUGCUAGGAGUGCUCAGGGCAGCAGCAGAACCAAAUAAAUUAGGUGGGGUUAUCCUCCACCAUAGGGCCAUUCAUUGCUGACAGCCCUUGGUCAUACAAUCGCUUGUGGGUUGCUUUGGGUGUGCAUGUGGGAUAUGACAGAUGGGCCCACAUUGUCAGUGUUAGGGUUGGUCCCAUCCCCAGCUUUUUGGCAUCCUCCCCACGAUGCUUUUUGAGCCUGGUGCUCUUUGUGUGCAAUGCACGACUUCCUGAAAUGGCCCUUUGUGGGAAGAGGCAAGCGAUAUGGAAGUGAUGAGCAUGGGUUCUAGAACCAGUAGGCUGGGUUCAGAUCUCACCUCCUCCGUGGUGCAAGCAUAUCCUUGAGCAGAUCUCUAAGCCGGAGAUAAUAGAAUUUUAUGAGGGCUGAAUGAGUUAUAAAGCAUAUAAUAAAGCACUUUAUUUGAAAUGAAAGAGUAUGUUCAUUUAGCAAGUGCUCGAUAAAUGUUAGCUGUCAUUAUUAUUAUUUGCAAAAAGCAACUAAAAUAAAAUUAUAGCCAAGAAUUGAAAGCCGGCCAUCCAGUAAUGUCCAUUCACUACCUUUGCUCAGAGUUUAGAGUUCAGGUGUGGGCCUGCCGUGAUACAACCUGCACAGCAAAAUUUACAUUUACUGGAGAGGUUAGUACCUCCACAUACAGGAUUUUAGCUAACACAAUGAAGCUUCCUUCCAUUUGCGGCGGGGCGUGGGGGGGGGGGGGCGGGUUACAGUGGUUAAAAAGAAAGCACUUUAACGCACUCAUUAUUUCAUUUAGUUCUUGUAACAACCAGGUGGGGUAAAUAAAUCAGGAUCUGCAUGCCUCUGUUACAGCUAAUAUUCAGAGUCUUACAGUUACUACAGGCAGAGCUAAAAAACAGGACCAAUGUCUUCUUACUCUCCAUAUAAAAAACAAAAAACCUUCCCACCUAUUGGCUCCCUAAAUUCACCCUUCCACAUGUCCAGCUGCGCUGAGCAGGAAUCUGGUAGCCUCAGCUCUCGAUUCCUUCAGUUCAGAGAUGGUUAUAAAAUUAACAAAAACAGGAACACGGGAACUGGGAAACGCUUCUGGUUGCGAAAGAAAAAGAAACUCAUCAGGAUGUUCACCACAAAAUAUAAUCUUUCAUUAAGGAGUGUGGGGGGCAUGGUAGAAUUCUGCUUCGAUGCACCCAGAGAAACCCCCUUUCGGCACGGUGCUUUUAUUGCGGCUGGCCUCUUACGGGCCGGUUUGGCUACUGUGCCCCUGUUAGCUGACUGCGGGAAUGAAAGCAAGGGUAGAACAUUUCGCUUGUGUAUCUGACCAGUAUCUGUUCCCUGGAGCUGUUUGAUUUGUCUAAGUUUUUCUGAAUCACCGCCACCACCCCUGAGAAAUAAUAAAGCCGUACUUCUGAACCACUGCCUUGCAGGAACAUGCACAGCGAAGCCUGUUCUCCUUCACUUCCUGGAAGAGUAUAUCGACCCAUGCCCUCACGGGCACGGAGAAGUAGCACACAGAUGAUUUCAUGAUGAGAGCCAGAUGUAAAAGCCCUCACUGGGAGCCAGCGGGAGGCUCUGGGAUCCUACGAAAGCUGUGAGGGUGUACUCAGGGGACAGAGUAUGCCUGCUUCCCGGUGUAGACCCUUUAGUUUAGCAGAGAUGAUCUCCAGUGAAAGGACGCCUCUGGGAAGCUUCGAGCCAAGAACAGAGUUAAUUUUAUCAAAUAUACAAAGCAGAAAGAAAUUUAUCUUAAUUUGUUAUAAAGUCAGAAUAGUAGCCACAGUUUGACCUUUUAAGAAAGCAAUCGUGAAUGGAAGUUAUAGAUUGAGGCAGAUGUCAGGUCACAAACAGGGUGCCAGGAGAAGUGUGUUUAUGCCAGAUUUCUAAACUGGAUUAAAAAAAAAAAAACUUAUUUCGGCCAGGUCAGUUUACAAACAACCCUACACACACACACACACACACACACACCUUUUACCUUUAGGAGAAAGGGAAACUUGAGUUAGUAUUUAUCAAAAGAGAUAUUUUACCCUUUUCAACCAUUAACUUUUUUUUUUAAACAGCCUCGAUGUGUUUUCAUAAAUUGUAGAUUGUGGCUUUUUGUGCUGUUUGAAAUUGAAGAGAACGGUGUCUGUCUUUGUAUUCCUGGAGCAAAGUAGAAAGGGAACCCAUGACCAGAAAGAUAACAUCGAGUAGGAGAUUGUAAACAUACCUGAGGGAGAUAAUGUGGGCAGGCGGACAAACAGACCGUUCCCAUUCCCGGGGAGGAAAGGGGUUAAGGAGAGCUCCACAAUGAAGCAGAUUUUUUAAAACCCACUCCUUCCAAGUCCUUCAGCUCAAGCCGCAGUCAAAUAUUUGCAUAAAGAGCUAGUGAAGGAGUCCAGCUUCCUGGUUCGUGACAUUACAGCAUGGAUCGUUUUCAAAAUUAACACCACCUCCUGUUUCAGCGGUGGCUGAGUGUGCAGUCUCUGGGUGACAUGGUGCAUGGGACCGUCCGGAGGCAACGGCGUCCGUCUUUCAGACCAAGUCCUACCGUCUUCUGCAGGGCUGUGUUUUGAGCCUGAACCGGUUUCUUCCACACCCAGUUAUUUUCAACCCCGAGAAUUUUCCAGUUGUGUUUCUUGUGAGGAAAACACAAGCUGCCUCAACCAGAUCUUUGAUUCCUACCUUCAGACAGAGACACACCUGGACCCUUCGCUCACUUCCGCGCAAAGUGCUCCACACUAUUUCCCUGACAGCUUCCAAGCCGCCCCUUUCUGCGUUAGCCAGAGCCUGACCCCAGGAUCGCCUUCUGAUUCCUCCACUCUCUCCGGUUCCUUAGACUACAGUUACUCGCCGGCUCAGCUACCGUCGUAUGCUCCAGAGAAUUACAGUUCUCCCCCUUCUCUGGACACCAGGAACUGUGGCUUCCCCUCCGAAGACUACUCCUAUGCCCACCUGCCCCCGGACGCCCAGUACGACUGCUUCUCCUCAGCCGGCACCUCCGUCUGCUACUGUGCGUCGUGUGAGGCAGAACACUUGGACCCCAUCAGGGCAUCGGAGUACUUUUCCUACCCCAGCUCAGACUACGUGAACUUUGCCCCCUCUGCAGCGGCCACCAGUGAUUUCUAUAAGAGGGGGACAAACUGUGACAUCUGCUAUAGUUAAUGGCAGUUACGGUAAUUCAGAACAUGGCAUAUACCUAUAUCUGUUUCUCGGCCGCCCCAAAUGACAACUCGAAAUAUCCAACCCAUUGACAAAACGCCACAAGCCCAGUUUGCAUGUCACCAUUUUCGAUUUUCCGAUGCUCACGAGGCAUUAAUAUGAAGUCCUCGGACCUGAUCACUGUGUCACUCCUGUGUGCUUACGGUUAACAUUUUUGUAGGGAAUGUUCAGCUGUGUUACUUUUCUAUGUAACGAACAAAUUCUAAUUUUUUUUUACUAAUAAAUUUUGUAUUAUUAAAA